CGAGGGCGGGCUCAAGCAGCUGAAGCGGCGGCGGCGGCGGCGGCGGCCAGAGGGGCGGGAGCUGAGGCGGGAGCGGACGGGCUGGUGGGCGAGCGAGCGGCGGCGGAAUGGUGGACUACCACGCGGCGAACCAGUCGUACCAGUACGGCCCCAGCAGCGCGGGCAAUGGCGCCGGCGGCGGGGGGAGCAUGGGCGACUACAUGGCCCAGGAGGACGACUGGGACCGGGACCUGCUGCUGGACCCGGCCUGGGAGAAGCAGCAGCGCAAGACCUUCACCGCCUGGUGCAACUCCCACCUGCGGAAGGCGGGCACGCAGAUCGAGAACAUCGACGAGGAUUUCCGCGAUGGCCUGAAGCUCAUGCUCCUCCUGGAGGUCAUCUCGGGGGAGCGGCUGCCUAAGCCGGAGCGGGGCAAGAUGCGGGUGCACAAGAUCAACAACGUGAACAAAGCGCUGGACUUCAUCGCCAGUAAAGGCGUCAAGCUGGUCUCCAUCGGCGCGGAAGAGAUCGUGGACGGCAACGCCAAGAUGACACUGGGCAUGAUCUGGACCAUCAUUCUCAGGUUCGCCAUCCAGGACAUCUCGGUGGAAGAGACCUCCGCCAAGGAAGGGCUUCUCCUGUGGUGUCAGAGGAAGACGGCGCCGUAUAAGAACGUCAAUGUCCAGAACUUCCACAUCAGCUGGAAGGACGGCCUUGCCUUCAACGCCCUGAUCCACCGGCAUAGACCCGAGCUGAUCGAGUACGACAAGCUGCGGAAGGAUGACCCCGUGACCAACCUGAACAAUGCCUUUGAAGUGGCUGAGAAGUACCUGGACAUCCCCAAGAUGUUGGAUGCGGAGGACAUUGUGAACACGGCGCGGCCCGACGAGAAGGCCAUAAUGACCUAUGUGUCCAGCUUCUACCAUGCCUUCUCGGGAGCGCAGAAGGCGGAGACGGCAGCCAACCGCAUCUGCAAGGUGCUGGCGGUCAACCAGGAGAACGAGCACCUGAUGGAGGACUACGAGCGCCUGGCCAGUGACCUCCUGGAGUGGAUCCGCCGCACCAUCCCCUGGCUGGAGGACCGCGUGCCCCAGAAGACCAUCCAGGAGAUGCAGCAGAAGCUGGAGGACUUCCGCGACUACCGGCGCGUGCACAAGCCCCCGAAGGUGCAGGAGAAGUGCCAGCUGGAGAUCAACUUCAACACGCUGCAGACCAAGCUGCGACUCAGCAACCGGCCCGCCUUCAUGCCUUCCGAGGGCAGGAUGGUCUCGGACAUUAACAACGGCUGGCAGCACCUGGAGCAGGCCGAGAAGGGCUACGAGGAGUGGCUGCUCAACGAGAUCCGCAGGCUCGAGCGCCUCGACCACCUGGCUGAGAAGUUCCGCCAGAAGGCGUCCAUCCACGAGGCUUGGACGGAGGGCAAGGAGGCCAUGCUGAAGCAGCGGGACUACGAGACAGCCACGCUGUCGGACAUCAAGGCCCUCAUCCGCAAGCACGAGGCCUUCGAGAGCGACCUGGCCGCGCACCAGGACCGCGUGGAGCAGAUCGCGGCCAUCGCCCAGGAGCUCAACGAGCUGGAUUACUAUGAUUCACACAAUGUGAACACCCGGUGUCAGAAGAUCUGCGACCAGUGGGACACGCUGGGCUCCCUGACCCACAGCCGCAGAGAAGCCCUGGAGAAAACCGAGAAGCAACUGGAGACCAUCGACCAGCUGCACCUGGAGUACGCCAAGCGGGCGGCGCCCUUCAACAACUGGAUGGAGAGCGCCAUGGAGGACCUGCAGGACAUGUUCAUCGUGCACACCAUCGAGGAGAUCGAGGGCCUCAUCUCCGCACACGACCAGUUCAAGUGCACGCUGCCCGAUGCUGACCGCGAGCGGGAGGCCAUCCUGGCCAUCCACAAGGAGGCGCAGAGGAUCGCCGAGAGCAACCACAUCAAGCUGUCGGGCAGCAACCCCUACACCACCGUCACCCCGCAGAUCAUCAACUCCAAGUGGGAGAAGGUGCAGCAGCUGGUGCCCAAGCGGGACCACGCGCUCCUGGAGGAGCAGAGGAAGCAGCAGUCCAAUGAGCACCUGCGCCGCCAGUUCGCCAGCCAGGCCAACAUCGUGGGGCCAUGGAUCCAGACCAAGAUGGAGGAAAUUGGGCGCAUCUCCAUCGAGAUGAACGGGACCCUGGAGGACCAGCUGAGCCACCUGAAGCAGUACGAGGGCAGCAUCGUGGACUACAAGCCCAACCUCGAUGUGCUCGAGCAGCAGCACCAGCUCAUCCAGGAGGCCCUCAUCUUCGACAACAAGCACACCAACUACACCAUGGAGCACAUCCGCGUGGGCUGGGAGCAGCUGCUUACCACCAUCGCCCGCACCAUCAACGAGGUGGAGAACCAGAUCCUUACCCGGGACGCCAAGGGCAUCAGCCAGGAGCAGAUGCAGGAGUUCCGCGCCUCCUUCAACCACUUCGACAAGGACCACGGCGGGGCGCUGGGGCCCGAGGAGUUUAAGGCCUGCCUCAUCAGCCUGGGCUACGACGUGGAGAACGACCGCCAGAAGCAGACGGGCAGCAUGGACUCGGACGACUUCAGGGCUCUGCUUAUCUCUACAGGAUACAGCCUGGGAGAUGCUGAGUUCAACCGCAUCAUGAGCGUGGUGGACCCCAACCACAGCGGGCUGGUCACCUUCCAAGCCUUCAUCGACUUCAUGUCCAGGGAGACCACGGACACCGACACAGCCGACCAGGUCAUCGCCUCCUUCAAGGUCCUGGCGGGCGACAAGAACUUCAUCACGGCGGAGGAGCUGCGGCGAGAGCUGCCCCCGGACCAGGCGGAGUACUGCAUCGCCCGCAUGGCGCCGUACCAGGGCCCCGACGCCGCGCCCGGCGCCCUGGACUACAAGUCCUUCUCCACAGCGCUGUACGGGGAGAGUGACCUGUGAGGGCCCCGAGCCCUGCACCCGGCCUCCCUGGUCCCCGUAUCUAUGCAAAGUCCCUGCUGCGGGGGGGCAGGGGGCACAGGGAGGGGCUGGGGCCGGCUCUCUCCUCUCCCGCCUCAGCGCCCGGAGUCAGCGGGGCGAGUGGAAAUCCACGUCCUUCCUCACUCUGGAAGGGGGGUCGCGCCCCAGUGGCGCGCGCAGGUCCCCUCCGAGCCCUGAGAAUAGCCCCCCCACACACACACACACACCCUGUCCCGCCUUCCACCUCCCUGAGGACCCUCCAAGGCCUCCCCCACCCAGGCCAAAGCCCUACGUGCCUUGUGCAGGGACCAGGAACUUCCCAGCUGCAUGGGUCCAGCAGAGGGUGCCCCAGGCAGGCACCCCAAGCACGGGCCCGCCCUCUUUGGGGGGUGGUGGGGCCCCUCUGGGUCCUUCUCUGGAGCAGAGGCGUAGUGGGACCAAACCUGCCUUGUGCCCCAGCCCCGCGCCACCAGCCCGCACCUCGCUUUUGUCUGGACCUGCGCAGCACUCAGAUUCUCCAGGGACCAAAAAAAACAAAAAAAAAAGAACAAAAAAAAACCACAAAAAACAAAACCAAUAAAACAAAAAAAAUCCACAAAAAUUUUAAAAUAGAAAAAGCUAUAAAAACACACAAGGACAAACUUGCAGAAGAUUACUAUUUACUUUAUUAACGUACGAAUUUAUUAUAUAAAUAUAUAUUCACCCAGCGCAUUCUGCCACCUCCCUCUCCUAAUGACGAUGUAGCUGAUCGACUGCCCUCCCACCCCUGUCUCCCUGUUCUCUGUCGUAGGGCUCGGGUCUGGGGACCCCUGAGGUGCGGAGGGGGGCUGCUGGCCUGGCUGCCUACUAGUUGACAGCUUUCCCCCGCCCCCCUCCUUUUUGAGUUUAUUCUGAUUCCCCCCUUCCCCUUGGUUUCUGGAUAAACCAUCUGAGAACAAUAAACAUGCAUAUUUUUAAGGA